AUGCGCCGAUUGCAAAAACCCAAAAGAGUUUCAUGGGCCUCCGAUUUAGAUCUUUGUCAGCCAAUGCCAAAAGAAGCACUUGACAACCGAUUACAAUCUGAUCGGACUUUGAGAAUAAAUGCAAGACCUCAGCCACUUCCAACAUGGGAGGGCCAAGUCAUAGUGAUAUUUUCUCAAGAUGUACUGCUGGUGCAUGCAGAUUUAUCAGAGGAAAAGUCCAAAUCUGAGAUGAAGAGGUGGAAGGGUCUAUUUGGUGUUCCCCAAGUUUCUGUCUGUGCACACUGGACAUGGAAAGAAGGCCAGACUCACCAGUGGGGAAGAUCUUUUUCUCUAAGUCUAGUUUUAAUGAGAGGCAUCAGUAUUUCACGUAGGAGCGUGGUUAGGCUAUUCUUAUCAGAAGAAUCCCCUUCACAGGUCGGGUUAAAUUCUCAAGAUCACCUCCAAGCAAAGGCAUCAUUGCAUUUGCCUCCUGGCGGGCCAGGUUCUGAUGACAUUCUGCCUCCUGGAUUUGAGGGAACUCAUUCUUCAAGUCAUUUUGAGAUUAGGCCAUCUCAAAUACCAGUUAUUAAGUGGAUUACUCCUCCAAAGAUUGCGCUAAAUCACACAUGGCAAGUGGUGUCUGGGGAAGAAAGCAUAGAGGUAGAGGAUCAACGUCAGAGAGAGAUGAGAGUACUUGAAGCUAUUUAUCCUCGCAUAUCUUCCAUUCCUCCAAACCCUUCAGUUUCAAUGGAUAUUGAAGAUUCCAAUUACAUGGAUGGGCAAACUCCUUUGAUACCAAUAACGCCAAUUGAAGAUGAAGAUGCAGCACCAGAAGCUUUAUCAGAUUCCUUGGAACCAUUUGAUGAUUCACAAUCCCUUGAAUUACCUCCUGGUAUAUUGAAGAAUCCAAACCCUGCUACAAGUACGCAAUUUGCUCGUGGUCUUCCAUCUGAUGUAGCUGCUGCAUCUGUUGCUAUAACUAACAUUGUGAAGAACAAUGAACGUGGAAAAUUGAUUGACCAUGGCUUACUUAAUAAUAUUCUCAAGAAUCCAGAAGUGAUUGAGAAAUUGGUUAGAGAUUAUGGAGCUACUAAUAAUUCACAAUAUGUACAUAAUGUGGGGUCGUCCUCUGCGGCUUUUUCAAAUCCUCCUAUGCCUAUUAGUCAAGGAGAAACCGCUACACCUUCACCGAUUGCUUUUCCGGCCGUCACUUCCUAUACACCAUCUACUGGAGGUCAGGUGGCACCUGUUUCUACCCAAUGGCCUCCUAGGCCUUCAGCCAGUUCAACUAUUGUUUCUUCUCCUGUUGAGGUCCCUGCUGCUAAAGAUGUUAACUACUAUAAGAGUUUAAUUCAGCAACAUGGAGGAGACAAACAAGAAACAGUUCCAUACUCCAGUAAACGUCAGAUUCAUCAGCCAGUAACAAACUAUGAGCCACCAUUCAAUCAAAGAGGUAAAGUGUCAAAACCAAAGAUAAUGAAGCCUUGUAUCUUUUUCAACAGUUCUAGAGGAUGUCGAAAUGGAGCUAACUGUGCCUACCAGCAUGACGCAUCGUUUCAGCCUCGGGGUAAUAGCGUGCCAGGGAUACAAAGUUCAAAGAGGAUGAAAAUGGAUCAUGAGAUUAGCAGUUAA